ACAUCGAAGUCACAAAAUGUAAAAGGGAACAUAAUUCCCGGUACUACGCCAGAACUGAGGCGAACAUCUUCAUUUGACAGAAGUUGGGAGGAAAAUGUCGCAGAGUCUGUGGCUAAUGAACUAAUCCUGCAUGCUCACUCCUCAAGCAUCUCUUCAAGAAGUGGUCCCCUUGGUUCAACAACAGAACAUUUGGAUGAGUCCUCGAGAUAUAAGCCAAAAGACCCGAAGAUAGUUAAACCUGGUCGUCCUUCCCACGAAGAAAAGAAGGUUGGAAAAGCACCAGAGGACAAAAGAACCAGGCCUCGAAAGAUGAUGGAGUUUCAUAAUAUCAAGAUAAGUCAGGUAGAAUUGCUGGUUACGUACGAAGGAUCUAGAUUUGCAGUGAGUGAUUUGAGAUUGCUGAUGGAUUCAUUUCACCGUGUUGAGUUCACUGGCACUUGGAGGAGAUUAUUUUCGAGGGUUAAGAAGCAUAUCAUUUGGGGGGUUUUAAAGUCUGUUACAGGAAUGCAGGGUAAGAAAUUCAAAGACAAAGCUCACACCCAUAAGGAACCCACGAUUAUUGGUAUUCCUGAUACCGAUCUUCAUUUUAGCGAC